AUGGCAAAGCCCAGCAUCUUGAAAAAAACUCGAAAGCAGACAGAACCCCUGGAAGAUCUCUCAGCGACUAACAAAAGCCUCCGUCUCCAGAUAGAGGAACUAAGGGGGACUUUAGCCUGCUUGGACGCUGAGAACCAUAUGUUUCUCCAAGACAAAAACUGCAUCAAGGAGCAGCAGAAGUCUCUCCGGGACACAGUGGAUUGCCUUAAGUCCACCAUAGAACACCUGCAGAAAACUGUGGAGGACAUCAGAGAAAGGUUGGAGCACGCCAACACGGUGAUCCAAGAAUUGGCGCUGCAGAACAAGUCUUUGGUGAAAACCAACGAGGAGCUCAAUGAGGAGAUGCACGAAGCCACCAGCCAAGUGGCCUUCUUCAAAGACGACAAGCCCGCCGAAGAGAAUAACCUCGAAGAGAUGCGGAAUCUUCCGUCGGAGGUUCAGAAGUACCUGCACAGCCUGGAGGAUAAACUGGCUAAGAUGGAGCACAGCUACCAUGUGGAGAGAAUCCAUUUGAGCCAACUGAAGGAGAAAGUCACAAAUCUUCAGGCAGUCAGAGAAAACAGGAAGAAGCACAUCAAAGAGCUGCAGAACCAACAGGACCUCUGUGUCCAGCAGGCCAUGUUGAUGCGGCAGGAUCAGGAGAAACAGAGGCCGACGAGCAUAUUGAUGCAUGAACAAGUGGAGGCCAGGCUGGUGCGGGACAGGUCAAAGGAAAGGAAGGUUCUUCAUUGGUUAUGGAUGGUAGCCAAAAUUCUGAUGAUGUUCCUGUUUGGCUGCUCUCUAUUCCUUGGCCUUGUCUUGGUGUACACUCGCUUUAUUAAUCCGCUAUUCAUCUCUGACUCACUUUUGGUGCUCCUCAGUGACCAGAGCAUCGACAGACUUGUGCACCGUUUCUCCCUUUAUCUUGAGUGGAGAAAUGACGGCCUUUUACCGUUUUGA